AUGGCGGCCGCAGACAUUCGCGAUAUGCUGGAUCUUCCCCAAGAGAGCCAGCCCAGACCAGCCAAAAAGCAGAAAAUCGCAGAACCUAAACGGCCCGAAGGUUACAAUCGAGAGCUAUAUGCGCUGCUUGGAGACAAAGCUCCUCCAAUCGCCUUGACUGAAAAUAAAUACAAAGGCCGGAGAAAAUGGGCAAGCAAGCUUAAAGUGAGGCCGUGUGCGAAUAGGGCUUAUUUCAUUUCGCAACUUAGGGAAAUCGCCGCUUUCACCAACGCCGCUAGAUCUGACAACCUUGUUUUACGCCACUGGCAGAGAAAGGCUCCUCCUAAGAACCUAACACCGACCGGAGAACCUCCAGAUACAGAUAUCAACGGUGCCAACAAGGAGACGCUGCAGGCGGACACGAAAGCAGAGGAGUACUCUUUUGCCAAGUAUAAUGUCAAGCCCCAGAUACCGCGCAGAUAUACGGACGAAGAAUAUGACAAGUACCUUCAAAGUGAUUUUUGGAGACGAGAAGAAACAGAUUAUCUGAUGGACCUCGUCGAGGAAUUCGAUUUGAGAUGGGUCCUCAUAGCAGACCGUUAUGACUAUCAACCCAAAAUUCCUGAAUCCGAAUCGAAUUCAACAGCGUUAGUAGCCGCGUCUAAACCACGAACAAUGGAGGAGAUGAAAUCACGAUAUUAUACUGUUGCUGGGAAGAUGCUGGCGAUCGAGCACCCUCUUUCUGAAAUGUCACAGUCAGAAUUCAACCUUUACGAAACGAUGAUGAAAUUUAACCCGGAGCGGGAAAGGCAACGCAAGGAGCUGGCCAUUGUACAAUUCGAUCGAAGUAAAGAAGAAGUUCAAGAGGAAGCAUUGUUACUCGAAGAGUUGAAAAGGAUCGUGGCACAGGAGCAGAGCUUCAUCGAAGAACGCAAGGAGCUUUAUGCUCGUUUGGAUGCUCCUAUGAGCACUAGCAACACCACAAUGUACCAGUCCAGUCACGGCUUGGCACAACUGCUACAAUCUCUCCUACAGGCAGAUAAGAACAAGAAGCGCCGCUCGCUUCUCGGCCCAGAGCAAGGUGCACCCAGUCCAGUAGGCCAAGCGGCUGCCCAAAGUGGCACCCAGAGCGCCCGCGAGAGCCGUCCAGAGACCCCAGCGGCAACCUCAGCACAAUCAACCAAGAAAGGCGGCGCAGCGGCGGCAGCCCAACAACCCAGCAUCCGAAUUCUCACCCCGGCUGAAGAAGCCAAAUAUGGUGUAUCCCACCACGAUCGCCUCACCUCUGGGGUCCAGUUCCGCAACGAUAAAGCCCAAAAGCUCACACAGGCAAAAUCAAACAUUCAAUCACAGAAGAUUGCGGCGGCGCUUACGGAACUAGACAUUCCGCCACGCUUAUUUAUGCCCACGGAAAAGGUGUGUAAGGAAUUCGAGAAGCUGAUACAGUCCGUGAAUGUGCUGCUCGAUGCGAGGAAGUUCGCCGAGAAAGUUGAAGCAGAAAUCCGAAUAUUGGAGGCUGCUAAAGAGGAGAGGGAGCGGAAGGAACGGGAGAAAGACGGAAUACAGCAUGUCGAGGACGAACCAUCAAAUACGGAGCAGGCGCAAGUUACAAACGCCGUAGAGAGCGACAAUCCAAACGGCGCGCAACAACUCGAUGACUCAAAAACCACGGAUAUGGAGGAUGCUGGAGCUGCGACAAAAAAUCCCAACGGUGUCUCCCAUAAACGCAGCGCCAGUGUUCUCAGUGCUAUGAGCGAGAGGAGCACUAAAAAGCAAAAGAAAUGA